GCCCGCUAGUGCUAUAAUGUCUUCUUCUCCAUUGUGUCUCCCUGUGUUUUUCUUGGCUGUCAUACUUGUUUUGAGCGCUGCUCAACCAUCGUUAGCACUGUUCGAGACAUCUUCAGUUGGGAAGAAUGGUCUGAAAGUGGAAGAGGGUGCUGAUGUUUACGUUGCGCUGAACAAUCUGCUGGAAAACUUGGACGGAUUCCGCGAAUCAAAAUGGUUUGACAGCGGGUUCGCCUUUGCAUCUGUGAAGAGCAUUAAUGACAAGCACAUCGCCAUCAGAUAUGUGCGUUGGACUCAGUCGUGUACCGUUGGCGAUUGGGAGAGCGCAACGGGAAACUCAGUAUUGGAAGAUUUCAGAAGGACCGUCACAUAUCUGAGGCCUUACUUGUUGCAAGGCUACUCUUGGGCAUCCGUGUCCAAUGGCUACGCUUGGGUCGAUUACUAUCUCCUCGACAAGGACGAAGCCAAUGUAAGUGCUGCUGCUGAUCCUAAGUUUAGGACAGUUGCUGCAAGCGAUGGGGAAUAUCGUGGUUCUUCUGCUUCAAGAUAUUCUCCUGUCGAGAAGACAGGGUUUGUACACUGUCCUGUGUCGCCUCUUGUAUUGCUGAGCCACAACAGCGGCAUUUGGAAUGUUCUAAAGGCGGGGGAGUACUUGACAUCUGCCAACAGGAGAUUUCGAUUGACAAUGAAAGAGGAUUGUAAUCUGGUGUUGAGCGAUACGCAGAGCACUAAGAACAAUAAGCAGAGGAGUCAAGUGCUGUGGAGCAGCAAGACUGCAGGGCGUGGGAGCAAAUGCUUUCUACGUCUUCAGUCUGAUGCCAACUUAGUUAUAUACAAUGGCAAUGGUGAGGGUGCAGUGUGGGCCAUCAAUCAGGGCUGUGGAGUUGGGUGUGUAAAGUUUAGCUCUCUCGUUAUUGAGGAUGACGGUACUCUGGUUCUGUUUCGCAGUGAAAAAGGCAAGCUUGUCCGAAUGUGGAAUACAAAAUCCAAAUCCAAGGUGUAACUGCAUGUCUCUCACUCUUGGGUCUCCUUCUCUCCCCCUCUCUUAUCCUCUCCCUUUCUAGCGUAGUGUGUGUGUGUUUUAUUUUAAUUAGCAUGUAAUUUCUUCUGUCUACCGCAGUCUGUGUUUUAUUUUAAGUUGCAUGUAAUUUCUUCUCUCUAC